GAAAAUAACUACUCAUUUGGAAAUGGCGGAUUUUGUGGAGACAAUAACAUGAACGUCCAUACAUGUUAACAUUACGGUGGGAAACCUUUGUUUAUAUCAGCAGACAUUAGAAUAUAUCAUCAUGUCAGAUACUUGGGAUGAUAUCCAGGCUGUGAAAAGCCGACAUAACUCUCUCCGAGCGAAGCUUCAGCAGAGGAAGAGAGAACGAGAAGGUUUGGUUGCUGAAUUGAAGUCACCUGCAUCAACAAGUGCCUCAGCAGCUAGCACCGUAACAACACCCGCAGAGUCUUCAUCAAGCUCGUCCCAGGUGAGUGCGACUGCCAGUACCUCUCAAACUCCAUCAACAACCAGGAGUGUCAGUCCGUCUCCACCCUCACAAACAGCAGCUGAAGCAGCUGCCAAGAAGCCAGACUCUGUUGACCCUGAUGUGGAACGGAACCUGCUGCUGGUCUUAUGUGACUUCAACCUCGAGAUCCCCUCUGAUUCACGCAUGAUAACAGAUCUCACAACCAAGAUGUUGAAGAGAGAGACACAGCUGUCUUGCAUUGAGGAAUUGUUACAGAAAUUUGCUGCUCAACAGAUGAUCAAAUCAAAAUCUAGUUGUCAACCACUAAAGAUCAACUCGCUGGAUCUGGCAAAGUUGUCUGCAUUUUCAGAGGGUCAGGAUGGAAAGACGAAGAAACGGAAGAGAGACAGGUGGGACUCUUUUGAAGACGACACAGUUCGGCAUAAAACCAAACUCAGUCAGUCAGUCAGUUAAGUGUUGGUGUUUAUGUUGCAGAGCCUGUUGUCUAUGCAGUCUGCUAAGGAGAGGGAAGAGAAGAAGGUGAACGAGGAGAUUCUACAGCUGCUGAGCAAACCCACAGCCAAGGAACAAUACAUGGUGGACAAGUUCCGGUCUCGUGGAGGGGUCCAGUUACAAGAGUUCUGCCAGUACGGAACGCGAGAGGAGUGUGUAAAGGUCGGCCAGAACCCAACACCUUGCAAAAAGCUGCACUUUCGCAAGAUCAUACACAAACACACCGAUGAAUCUCUGGGAGACUGUUCCUUCCUCAACACCUGCUUCCAUAUGGAUACCUGUAAGUACGUCCACUACGAGAUUGACUACCCAGACAACCAGAAUGAGAUGGCACUGAUGAAGAAGGAGGCGGCCAUGUCUAAGUCCGGACCGGGGAGUGACGUGUACAUGUACCCACCACAGUGGAUUCAGUGUGACCUGAGAAUCUUUGACAUGACGACGUUGGGCAAGUGUGCCGUUGUGAUGGCCGAUCCUCCAUGGGAUAUUCACAUGGAGCUACCGUACGGAACGAUGAGUGACGACGAGAUGAGGCGCCUUGAUAUCCCCGGCCUGCAGGACGAGGGCUUCAUCUUCCUGUGGGUCACUGGAAGAGCCAUGGAGCUGGGGAGAGAAUGUCUGGACUUGUGGGGCUACAAGCGAUGUGAUGAGGUGAUCUGGGUGAAGACCAAUCAACUACAGCGUAUCAUCCGUACUGGUCGUACAGGCCACUGGCUCAACCACGGCAAAGAACACUGUCUGGUCGGAGUGAAAGGAAAUCCUAAAGGUGUCAACAAGGGCCUUGACUGUGAUGUCAUCGUGGCUGAGGUUCGAGCAACAAGUCACAAGCCUGAUGAGAUUUAUGGUAUCAUAGAGAGGCUCUCCCCGGGUACCAGGAAGUGUGAGCUAUUUGGCCGACCCCACAAUGUACAACCCAACUGGAUCACCCUUGGCAACCAGGUGGAAGGUGUGAGGUUGAAGGAUCCAGAUGUCGUCAAAAAUUUCAAGGAGAAAUAUCCUGAUGGUAAUUGCUUGACACCACCCAAAAACAGGUGAUAACGCCCGGGACCUCGCGUGGACUAGGUACUGAUGAGCAGGUAACAUGGGAUUCAUCUAGCCUGCUGAUGGAGAUAAGAGAAGGAACAGCCAAUCAGCUUCAAGCUUGCUUGGAUGAAGCCAAUCAGAUUGAAGCAUUCCCAGUAUCACAUUCAAGCCCUUUGGUUCAGGAAACAUAUACUGAAUCAUGUUUGCCAUGAUUUUGUAUUUCAAUGAGACACUCACAACAGCCCAGUGCUUGUGUAAGUUGCGGAAUUCCUACAACUGGAUGUAACUUGUACAUACCAGCUCGCUGUGUUGGUGGAAGAUGAUGAUGUACAUGGUGAUGAUAAUGAUAAUAAACAUGAACAUGAAGAAUAA